AUGAGGCCACAAGAGCACGAGACAGUCUAACAUCGCAGCGUAUUGCUUACACCGUCAGAAGGGGAAGAGAGAGGCACAAAUCUACACCAUGCGAGCAUCCCUGGGCCGCACUGCUGUCUGUUAUUGACGUCAACAAAGCAACAUUCCACACAUCUCUUUUUCACCAACAGUUUACAAACAACUCUUCUCCUGCCCUAAUAGCCAUCCCAAGGUUAGGUGGUCUAAUUCAACAACCAUACUAUGAGACUUGUCAAACGAAGAUCGAAAGCUAGUUUGCAAGAUGCCUCUCAGCUUGAUUCUUCGAAAACUGGACAAUCUUCCCCUUCUAUACUGUCGACCCAGUCGAAGGCUGCCGCAGGAUCCUCUUCAUCAUUUACUACCACCUCCUAUUCACCUUCAUCUACUCGCGCUUCGUCUCCAGUCGAGAAGAGGAACGCUUUGGGAAAGAAGAAACGAGAUAAAACAGGGGAAAACAGGUAUCCUCCAAGCUCAUUUGCCCAAGGACAUGGUUGGAAUUUUGGGAGAAUGAGAAGUUUCAAAGGACGGAAUAGGACCUCUAGCAAGGAAGUAACUAGCGAAAGCGAAGCCGAACUGGAUGUCAGCCUUAAAUGUCCAUGCAGUUUCUUGGAUUCCGCUGAGUCUACAAGCAGCGGCUCCCCUUUGCCGCCUCAGUGUGGAUCAACCCAUCAGCAUGUUCCUCCAGCAGUCUUUCCUUGGGACACCUCAUCCCCAGUUGCAGUAUCGCAAACACCCUCCACAUACUUUUCAGAUACAGAUGAGCUCCAAUCGGCAGACUCAUCUGUAGGCCUCGCAUUGUCUACGGACGACCUGCCCACAGAGUCCCCCUCAUGUUUAUCGUCGGCCACCAUAUCUCCAGUACUCUCUCGAAAUGCCCAUCUUCCAUUAUCCCCGAUGCUUGACGUUAAAGAUGAUAAUGACCUAUCAACAAGGCCAUUACAAGAAGGGCCACUCAAGAGACUGGCAAAAAGGAGACCGGCAUCCAUGAUACAUGAUCAACAAGCGACCACAAAGUCGCAAGAUGUGGUUACUACUAGGAAGACACGUCAACCUAGGUCGUCCUCAAUAAGCUCAGCGACCUACUCUAAACCUUCACCUCCUGCGCCUGCUUUGUCGUCAGGCGUACACAUGGAAACCACUCCUUCAAUUCCGCCUUUUCCACCACUGUCACCUACGCGCAAUACAUCUCUCCCUGAUGGUGCAGCCCCUGCGAAUCAAUAUUAUUUCUCUUCUCUCAAUCGUAACCCUUCUACGGCAACAUCACAUGCUUCAACCUCCUCCGCUGCCUGUCCAUCGACGGAGGAAUCCGCCCAGUCGGCAUUGCUUACAACCCCAUCCGAUUUGCCAGGAAGGGAAUUGCUGAAUGACCAUGUCUGGUCCAGAAUGGGUGUUGAGAUGACUAAAAUACCAUUAGAAAGUGAGGAGGCUUUGUUGGGAGGCACAUCACUAGUUGAUCAACAGGUUCUUGAGGACCAAGGAAUUGUACAAGAGGAGACAAAGGCAUUAUUAGAUUCGCCAGUGUCCAAGGCAGCUUCUUCCAAGACAUCAACUCCGGACAAGUCCGGGCGAGUGCUAAGAAUCAAAACAAGCAAUUUUGAUUUUGGUUCGGUGUCUCACAGGGAAAUGGGUUCCUCAGAGACCCCCACAAGAAACGACAUGUUGAGAUCGCCUGUCGAAGGGUUCACGCCUAUCAAUAACAAUGGUUCCCCUGAAGACCAUUCUUUCUUCUCCCCCGUGCGUGACAGCACCCCAAAUCGGCAUAAUGCGUUUUUGUUGUCCCCCAGCAUUGCAUCUGAGUCUGUUUAUAGUGUAGGAGAAAUAGGUACUGCGACUCCUGCAGUAGUAUCUCAGGCUCAAGAAGUACCAUUUCCCGCACCCGAGAGGCAAAAUAUGAUUCGGCCAGAUGAAAAGCGUUGGGAUGAGACGGAGAAUAAAAAACCGCAGAAAGACCUACGGAAAUCCCCAGAGGAUGUCAAGCAUGUUCUUGACGCCGGCCGUGAGCCGAUGCGGCACUCUUCGAGAAUGGCGAGUUCUGAAAACAGCAUCAAGGCGGCUGCCCAAACACCUCGACUCCAUGAGUUUCCCUAUCGCCCUGCACCUCCACCUCCUCAUCUCUCAAAGACCGUACCUGCCCAAUCUUCUUGGACUUCAAGGCAUAUGUCGCUUUCAUCUAGCGAGAAGCGUCCUGAUCCAUCAGAACUUAAUCCUUGCCAAUCGCUAAGAAUUGCGACGUCACGAGACAUAAACCUUCCGCCCUUGCCUCCUGAACCUUUGUCACCCGCAAAAGGUCACGAAAUCCCGAUGGAACGAUCGCUCAGUUUUGGUGGGAUGUUGAGGAGAAUAAGCAUGGGCAAGAGCCCUGGGAAAAAGAAACAGAAGCAGAGGUCUAUCCAGGAGCCUAGCAAUGGUCACGAAACAGAUAAGGAUGUAACGGACCUGGGCUUGAGCGGCGUACCACACCUGAAUAGUACGGAGGGUUGCAAUUGCAAACCGGCUCUCAAAGAGAGGGAAAGUGUCUACAGGUCUUCACCUGAGAUUUUUCCUUCCAUGUGUGCGGAGAGAAACAUCGAUGGUAAUACUGGGCAAGUCUUGUCGGCAACGCCUUCGUUACCUGGGCAACGGUUACAAGAUGUUUUCAACGCAAGCGGGACUGCAGGAAGAAGUAAAUCAAUGCCUCCUCAGAAAAGGUCGCCUCCCGCCAAUUCGAUUGACCACGUCCUUGGUGGAUCCUAUACCACGUCACCUCAAGGCACUGCCCCUUCAUCCCCAGUCUCUAACGACAUUGGGCCUUCUGCUUCAGCCACCACCCGCUCCUCGACCGAUAAUACACCAAAGGACCCGUUUCCUCCCUCCGAUUCCCUGCACACUUGGCGAACCCUACUGGGGCCGUACACUCCGCCGGAGCUUCUCUCUUUACCUUCAUAUUUUCAGCCUCCUCGUCCUUACUCGCCAUCUGCCCCCUCCAGCCCACGCCAUCGCUCUCGUAACUUGGCAUUUGAUGAGUCUGAACGUCAUUCGCAUGAGGUCAGACGUCGUUAUCGCCAGAGUUUAGUGCAUAUCAAAGACGAUAAUCAAUUUGCCUAUAUGUUGGAAGAGUUUUCAAAAAUUGAGAAUGAUCCAAGGGCAAGGAUGGCUUUAGGGGGUGGAAUAUCGAUUGCGUCGUCGUCAGGACGCAAUGAAACAAAUCACAGUGCAGGAGAAGAAGAAGAAGAUUACGAUGAGCGGCUGACAAUGAGAGGUAAAUCUAAGGACGUGUUGGAGAAGAAGGCCAAACAGCAGAGUAUAGCGGCAUGGUUUGUCACAAGAGAAAUCGUUCAGGGAGAAAGCAGACAUGCAAAAUUGCUAGCCAAAGGUCUUAGGAUUGCGAAGGCGGCAGCUGCCAGCAAAUCCAAAGACAAGGAUGGCACAUCCACCCCUGCGUCACCGUUCAGCCGAACGAGUACUGGUCCUACUUCUGAGCCGCCUGAGCUUCCUCCUGCACCCUCUCGCCUUCGAAGUCACUACCGCACUGGCUCAGUACCCUCACUUCUUCGAAAACACCGCAGCUCCCUGGGGGAGCAUCAGUCCCAAGCUCCAUUGGGACCUAUGAGUUCUAUGGCUUCAUCUCCUACUGCACCUCAGCAUGUAGAUCCAGCCCUCAUCCUCCCGGCUACGAAAUCGCAGUUACCGGCCCGUAUACCGACAUCCAUGGCUCUGGCGACAUUGUUAUCACGCCUUCCGAGUCUCCUCGAUCUCUCCCUCAACCUUUCUUCCGCGUUCCUUCAUGAUGUCUCACCUUAUGGCGUGGCGCAGGCCUUCCUGGAAAUGGAAGAGACAUUGAUUAGAGAAGUGGGACAAUGGGCGGGGGAAGUGGGCAAUGUUGUCGUCAGUGGAGUCACCGAAAGCUUGAACAAGGUCAUGGAAGAUGAGAGAAAGAAGCGGGGGAAGGGACUAAUUGAUGAGGAAGACGACCAGAGCGACGAAAGACUGGCGUACUUGGACAUUAUUUUGAUGCCGGUUCAGCGCGCAUCGAGGUACAAGCUCCUUUUCCAAGAAUUGUCUACGAAAAUCCCUCCGGCAUCCACUACCCAUCACAAAAUUUUAGCAGCCAUCGAAGCCUCACGUCGACUCGCCGCUAAGUGUGAUGAGUGCCAAGUCAUGGACCUGGAGCUGCUUCGAAGGCAUGUGAAGAAGAGCAAGAAGUUGAGGCCUGUAUCCGUGGGGCCGGGUCAUAAGUAAGCACUGUAAUUAUAAAAAAUAGACGGACGACUGUUUGGACUUUCUGAAUGUCAUUAUACUUGUUGCCUGUAUUUUAUGUGUGUAAGGUAGAUGCUUGUAGUAAAUAACUCUAUAAUAAUAACAUUCAUAGCAUUCAGCAUUGUGGACUGUCAACUAUCGCGAUAAUUGUAUGCAUUCA